AUGAUGGAUUCUGUUGAUCGAUCACCAUCGAAUUUGAUAGGAAUCGCUGGUGACCAUGUGACGCGAUCGUGUCACAACUGCUCAACAUUUCCCGGCUGUAAUGCGCUUCGUCCUAAAGCUCCACCGCCUCCAUUUAUCAGGUCAACGUUCUUCCAGGAAACAGUCCCAUUUUUGACUUUCGAUUUCCCGAUUGGAGAGUCAAGUCCUCCCAUUAUGCACGCCAGUCGUAUCGUAGGAAAAGAAAGCGAUGCCACGGCUGAACAACAAUUUCCACCUCUGAGUGUAUACCUUGUCGAUAUGAUCGGUACUGAAGCUGAGUAG